UCUCCUCUUGACAUAUUAAGCGAAACCCAACCAGACAAAUCGUCUUCUUUCACUUUUGAGUAGAAGAUGUGGUCUAUUCCGAUAUUGGAGAUUGUGAUGGGCUUUGUGGCUCUAAUUGUAAUUGCAGUUUCCCACUGGAAGUACAAAUGGAGAACUCGUUCUAGUAUUGGAAAGCUUCCUCCUGGUUCCAUGGGGUUUCCCCUCAUAGGAGAGACCAUUCAGUUCUUGCUCCCUAGCAAGUCGAUAGACAUACCUCCUUUCCUCAAGAAAAGAAUCAAAAGGUAUGGGCCGUUGUUCAAAACGCACUUGGUGGGUCGUCCGGCAGUGGUAUCGGCGGAUCCUGAGUUCAAUAGAUUGAUUCUUCGUGAAGAAGGCAAAUCGGUGGAAAUGUGGUACUUAGAUUCAUUUGCUAAGCUUGUAGGUCAUGAUGCUACUACAGACUUAGAAGUGAAGACGAAUGCAACUGGGCAUGCACACAAACACAUCAUUAAUGUAAUCCUUAAGCACUUUGGUCCCGAGAGACUCAAAGAUGAGCUCCUUCCUCAACUUCAGGCCAUGGCUGAGAAAGCUCUAGAUGCUUGGUCAACUCAAGACUUUGUAGAGCCGAAACGUGAUUGUGCCAAGAUGAUAUUUGGUAUGACUUCGAAACUUUUAUUUAGCUACGAUGCUGAGAGGCCAGGGGAAAAUCUAGUGGAGGACAUCGACACAAUAUUUCAAGGUCUCAUGUCUCUCCCAUUGAACAUUCCCGGGACGACCUUUCACAAGAGUUUAGAGAGUCAAAGGAAGCUAAUCGACGUCAUUGAACGGGAGAUCACUGAAAGAAUGGCAUCACCGGGAAUACGCAAAAGAGACAUCCUUGGCCAUCUCCUCGAGGAUAUGAAAACUCAGACAUUUGUCACUCGUGAUUGGGUCACCUACACGAUGGUUGGGCUUACGAUUGCCAGCAUCGAAACGAUAUCCACCGGUUUAGUCAUGAUCAUUAAGCUUCUCACAGAAAACCCUCAAGUGGCUCCAGAAUUAAUAAAGGAAAAUGAAGAAGCGCUUUGCAACCGAAGGAUUUCAGGUAAAGAAGAGAUUACGUGGGAAGAAUACAAAUCGCUGGCUUACACCAUGCAAGUAAUCAAUGAAUCAUUGAGAUUGGCAAGCAUUGCGCCCGCCAUUGUUAGAAGAACACUUAAAGACAUCCACUGGAAUGGAUGCAUAAUCCCCAAAGAUUGGACGAUUAUGAUGGUUCAAACUCCGCUACAUCUAAACCCAGAAGUUUUUGUGGAUCCCCUAACCUUUGAUCCCUCAAGAUGGAAGCAAGAGGAUAUCGAAAAAGUGAGAGGAAAUUAUUAUGUACCGUUCGGAGGGGGCGGGAGGCCAUGCUCUGGAUCUGAAUUUACCAAAGCUUGGUUUGCUGUAUUUCUCCAGGUUCUGGUGACAAAAUACAGAUGGACAAAGGUGAAGGGAGGAGAAGUUGGUCGGACUCCCUUGUUGGCGUUCAGAGGUGGUUUUCAUGUCAAGGUCUCCAAGAUUCAAGAAUAAGCACUCAAAUAUAUGCAAGGAAGUCAUUAUCCAAAGUGGUCAUCUUGUCAACAAUUGUCUUAUACAUAUGUCAUCGUGUAUUGUUGAGUAUCUAUGAAAU